UUUUAAAUUCCCUAAAAUGCCCAAAUUUUCCAAAUCACAGCAUUUUUUUAAAAGAAAAGUCAAUGAUUAUGUUAGUGAGAAAUUUAAAUGUAAAAGAAGGUUUGUGUAACGGAACCAGACUACAAGUAGCCAAUAUAGGCAAAUAUGUUUUAAAUUGUAUAAUAAAAAGUGGGGAUAAAAUUGGCGAGACGACACUCAUUCCAAGAAUUACAUUAAUUGAGGACAAAAAGUUCCCUUUUGUACUAAAAAGACAUCAAUUCCCCAUUAGGUUGGCCUUUGCCUUUACUAUAAAUAAAAGCCAGUCUCAAACAUUUGAGAAAAUUGGAAUAGAUUAUACAGAAGAUCCUUUUAGUCAUGGUCAAACAUAUGUUUCGUUAAGUAGGGCCAAAUCGUGGGAGAAAAUCAAGAUAAAAUUAUCCGAGAAAAAUAAAGAGAGAAGAAUAAAAAAUAUAGUGUGGAGGGAAGCUUUGCUCAAUUAA